AUGGGCUUCACCAAGAGCUCUCUAAUCUCGGCCGCCUUGCUGGCGAGCCAGGCUACGGCCACCCUCCAGCCCAUUGUUAUGAAGGGGUCCAAGUUCUUCUACGAGAACGGCACCCAGUUCUACAUGAAGGGUAUUGCAUACCAGCAAGCUGUUGGCGCCGCUGGUGCCGCCACUACUUCAAAAACUUUCAUCGACCCAUUGGCGGACGAGAAGGCUUGCAAGCGUGAUGUGCCCAACAUGCAAAAGGCCGGCACCAACACAAUCCGUGUUUACCAGAUUGACCCUACUGCCGACCACAGCGCCUGCAUGAAGUUGCUCGACGAUGCUGGCAUCUAUGUCAUCGCCGAUCUGGGAGAGCCAGCCACCUCGAUCGACCGUGAAGCCCCGGAGUGGAACGUCAAACUCUACGAUCGCUACAAGUCCGUUGUCGACGAGCUCGCCAAGUACACCAACACGAUCGGAUUCUUCUCUGGUAACGAGGUCACCAACCAGAAGAACAACACCAUGGCAUCUGCCUACGUCAAGGCCGCCACCCGUGACACCAAGAAGCACAUCAAGGAAAAGGGUUACAGGUGGAUGGGUGUCGGUUACGCAACCAACGACGACGAGGCGAUCCGCGACCCUCUUGCCGCCUACUUCAACUGUGGCGAUGUCGAUUCCGCCAUCGACUUCUGGGGAUACAACAUCUACUCUUGGUGUGGUGACAGCGACUUCACCAAGUCGCAGUACGACAAGCACAUCAAGAACUUUGCCAGCUACUCGGUCCCCGUUUUCCUGGCCGAGUACGGAUGCAUUGAUGGUAUUGGCGGUGCUGAAGGCCGCAAGUGGAGCGAAACCACGGCCCUCUACUCGGACAGGAUGACGGGAACCUUCUCUGGUGGUAUUGUGUACAUGUACUUCCAGGAGGACAACGACUACGGUUUGUUCAAGGCUAGCUCCAACGGCGGUGGCAGCACCAUGAAGAACUUUGAUGCUCUCGUCAAUGUUAUGAAGGAUGUCAACCCCAAGACGGUCGAGAUGAGCUCGUACACAUCGAACAACAAGCCCCUUGCAUGCCCCGGCAUCAAGGAGAACUGGCUCGCCGCCGAGGCCCUGCCCCCUACUCCCGACAAGUCCGUGUGCGAGUGCAUGACCAAGUCUGCCACUUGUGCCCCCUCGAGCAGCGCGACCGAGAAGGACUAUGGCGAGAUUUUCAACUUCAUUUGCGGUGCAGGCGAUUCGUGCAAGGGCAUCAACGGCAACGCCACCACAGGCCAGUACGGCGCUUUCCACGGCUGCGACGCCAAGUCCAAGCUCACCUACGCCCUGGACCAGUACUACAAGUCGCAGCGCAGCGCGGCGACCGCCUGCGACUUCAAGGGCAAGGCUACCGUCGUCACCCCGCAGCAGGCGGCCUCAACCUGCUCUCAGGUCCUCGCCUCUGCCAGCGCCGCCGCCGACAAGGCCAACACCGGCGCCGGGUCCCAGACGUCCAAGAACGCUGCGGCUUCGUUCAGGGCUCCGGGCGGUUUCGCCGAGAUGGCGCUCGGCAUGUACGUUGCCGCUGCCGUCGGUGUCGGUGCGACCAUGUUUAUGCUGUAA